AUGAUGCGCCUCCCCUCGGUCGAAUCGCAGCGGUCCGUCCUCGACGACCUGCGCGCAGCGACGGAGGCAGCGACGGCUCUCCUAAACCGCUCGCUGGAAGCGACCAGUCUGAAUGACGACGACGACGAUGUCCCCGUGCCGCGCCGUGGCAAGCUCGGUAACGACAUCCUCGGCCCACAGAAUCCCGAGCGUGCGAAGCAAGCGCGCGACUCGGUGCGGCCGCCCCUCACAGACCACGGCAAGAUGGCCAACAUGAAGUGGACAUUCACAGACUCGCACAUCCGCCUUGAGGAGGGCGGGUGGGCGCGCGAGACGACCGUCCGCGAGCUGCCAACAUCCAAGGAGCUGGCCGGCGUCAACAUGCGCCUUGGCAAGGGCGUCUAUCGCGAACUGCACUGGCACAACGAGAGCGAGUGGGCGUACAUCAUUGCCGGCGAGUGCCGUAUCACUGUGCUCGACACGGAGGGUGGGAGCUUCAUUGACGACGUCGGUGAGGGCGACCUCUGGUACUUCCCACCCGGGUUCCCGCAUGGCAUCCAAGGCUUGGGCGAGCAGGGAGUAGAGUUCCUGCUCAUCUUUGACAGCGGCAACUUUUCCGAGGACGAUACGUUCCUCCUGACCGACUACAUGGCAAAGACUCCCAAGCACAUUCUCGCUCACAACUUCCGCGUGUCCGAGGAGGUGUUCUCGACCCUUUCUCAGCGGGAAAAGUACAUUUUCCAGGGUUCUGAUCCUGGGAGCUUGUCGGAUGCGCGCAAGUCGGUCGUUCCAAGCAAGCACAUGUUCACUCACCGGAUGCUCAAGCAGAAACCGUUCAAGUUCCCGGGCGGUCAAGUUCGCGUCACGGACACGCGCAACUUUCCCAUCUCCAAGAGCACGGCUGCCGCACACGUGAUUGUCUACGAGGGCGGUCUGCGCGAGAUGCACUGGCACCCCAAUGCAGACGAGUGGUUCUUUGUGUUGCGUGGUCAGUGCCGCGUGACAAUCUUUGCCGCUGCCGGUAAUGCGCGCACGUUCAACUACCAGGCUGGCGACGUCGGAAUCUUUCCCCGCAACAAUGCGCACUAUGUCGAGAAUAUUGGCAAGGGCGACCUGGAAUUCCUCGAAAUGUUCCGUGCGCCCACGUUUGAGGACUUUUCACUCGAGCAGUGGCUGGCGCAGACUCCUGCCCUUGAAGUCGCCGAGCACCUCAACCUCAAGGGCGACGCCAAGAAAGACUUUUUCAAGCAGCUCAGUCGGGACAAGGUUCCGGUCAAGGGGCCUGAGCGGCCCAAGUCGGUAUAG